CGAGGUUAACGGGCAAACAAUAGAGGGCUUCCUGCAAAAGAACCGUAUGUGCAAUGUGCGGUCUGCAUUCGGCCAAAGUGUCACAGGUGUUGAGCAACGAAUAUCGAUAUUGUAAACAACAACCAAUUGGACGACUUCCCUAAUUUAUGGAAUAGCUUUAGCGAACUAAUUUGAUAUUAGAUAAUCUGAGUACGGUACGAUGCGUGGGAGUAGCCCUAAUUGCACUAGGACUAGCUGAAACUUGCAGACUGCAUUUGUCAGAUCCCGUAUGCUUCCCGUCGCGAAUCAACAAACAGACAGAUAAGAAGGCCGUCUUUGUGUUGUUCUUCCAGUUGUGCACUAGUGAUUAUAUUUUGCCGUUUGUGCCCGCAGCGUGUGAGACUUGUUUGACAAAUUUGUUUUGCAUCAUGGCUAAGCUCGCGAGAGAAGAGCGGGCUCAACUAAUUGCACUUGUACACGACUUCUUUCGCUAUCAGCUAAACAAGCUAAGCAUUCAAUGGAGCGCCGUAGAGAAUGGUCACUCUAAAGUCACUGCGUUUCACGAUGAACUUCGUUUGGCGCUACGUGACCUCGGUGAUGGGGUUUUGGAGACGAGUCGCGAACGAAUCGACGUUAUGGCGAGACAGCUAGACGUCCGUGACGGCUGCGUGGAUGAUCUUUUUCGUGGCGUUAUUCAUGAAAUGUUCGCCGAAGGAAUUGAAUGGAAUCGAAUCGUGUUCGUGUUCGUCUUUGCCGUGGAGGUUGCGCACCGCCGAUACCGAAGAUCGAAAGCCAAGCCCGAAUGCAUCUCUCAAACGGCCCAGUUGCUCACCGAUAGCCUGGCUCUAACGGUUGUACCAUGGUUGCGUACAAACUCAGGCUGGAGUGGACUAAUACGGCACAGGGAGCAGCAACACGCGCUGACGCUCAACCCCGCCGUUGUGUUUGAGCCCGUGUGUCCGGGGCUUUUUCAUCUUUUCAUAGGGGCAGCUGGGAUAAUCAUUGUAAUCCUCUGCGCAGGCGCCUACGUCAGGAUGAGAUAGAAUUCCGAAGUGUAACUACUGCUGCUGCUGCUGCUGCUGUUGUUGUUGACAAAAAAAGGAACUGACCGGAUGCACUUACUGAAUUGCUCCUAAGACGAUCGCCGCGUCAACAUCGUCGACAAUAGCAGCGGCUGGAAUGUCGCUUACUAUAAACACAACCCCUUGUAUUGAGUUUAAAAUGAAACGAUUUUACGAAAUGGUCAUUGAGUGUAUCGCUAUGAUCAUUAGUGGUUUUUACUAAAUAGUUAGUGAUGGACAUGAUUGAUUCUAAACAAAGAGUCUGAUGUGUGGCGUUAGCGCCUGUCCAUUUCGAACCCGCUGACUGCUGAUUCCUUCCAUUUUAUAAAAUUGAGAGAUGAAUCAAACAUCAGUCAAUAACUAAGCGAGCUUAA